UAAAAUGGACACCGUAUGCGCCAGCUAUCGCAGACAGCGCAGGCUGCAAGGAAAGUGGUAGAGCCUCCUCCAAGGGGCGUGUCGUUGUUGUGUUGCCUCACGACUCUUUCCCAUGAUUCUGUGAAAGGAAGCGACAAUUCCGUCCCCGUGAUGGUGCUGUUUGGUGCGAUGAAACCGGCCUCCCGGGGCAGGAGAGCGUGGACAGGCGUGAUGUUACUUCUAGUGCUGGCGUUGGGGCAGGGCAGUGCCCAGGACAGUGUCAUAGAGGAGAUUGUAACAGAGAAGCAGGUGGAAGCCAGUCACCGGCAGGACAGUGCCAACCUUCUAGUCUUCAUCUUCUUGCUCACCCUCACCAUCCUCACCAUUUGGCUUUUCAAGCACCGACGGUUCCGUUUUUUGCAUGAGACCGGCUUGGCCAUGAUAUACGGUCUAAUUGCUGGUGUGAUUUUACGGUAUGGAAUUCAUGUUCCUAGCGAUGUGAACAAUGUGACCAUGAGCUGUGAGCUUCAGACAAGUCCAGCUACCCUGCUGGUGAAUGUGAGCGGCAAGUUCUAUGAGUAUACACUGAAGGGGGAAAUUAAUUCUAAGGCGCUCAAUAAUGUUCAGGAUAAUGAUAUGCUCAGAAAGGUUACAUUUGAUCCUGAAGUUUUUUUCAAUAUCCUACUCCCUCCAAUCAUCUUUUAUGCAGGAUAUAGUUUAAAAAGGAGGCAUUUCUUCAGAAAUAUGGGCUCAAUCCUGGCUUAUGCAUUUCUUGGAACAGUAAUUUCCUGUUUGGUAAUAGGGGCUCUUCUCUAUGGCUGUGUGCAACUAAUGAAAGUGACUGGAACCCUUGGUGGGGAUUUUUACUUUACUGACUGUCUGUUUUUUGGUGCCAUUAUUUCUGCAACUGACCCAGUCACAGUUCUUGCCAUAUUCCAUGAGCUCCAUGUGGAUGUCGAACUAUAUGCACUUCUUUUUGGAGAAAGCGUUUUGAAUGAUGCUGUAGCAAUUGUGUUAUCAUCUUCAAUUGUUGCGUAUCAGCCAGCAGGAGACAACAGUCACACGUUCGAUAUCGCUGCCAUGUUUAAGUCUAUAGGGAUGUUCCUGGGGAUAUUCAGUGGAUCAUUUGCAAUGGGGGCAGCAACUGGAGUUGUAACUUCAUUGGUAACAAAGUUCACUAAACUUCGAGAGUUUCCACUUCUGGAGACUGGAUUGUUCUUCUUGAUGUCUUGGAGCACAUUUCUACUUGCAGAAGCAUGUGGAUACACAGGAGUGGUUGCGGUACUGUUCUGUGGAAUAACGCAGGCACAUUACACCUAUAACAACCUGUCCACGGAAUCUCAGCAUCGGACAAAGCAGUUGUUUGAGCUUUUAAACUUUUUAGCGGAAAACUUCAUCUUUUCCUACAUGGGUCUGGCUUUAUUUACCUUCCAGAAUCACAUCUUCAACCCAACAUUUAUAAUAGGAGCUUUUCUGGCAGUUUUCCUUGGAAGAGCAGCUAAUAUUUAUCCUCUCUCUUUCUUGCUGAAUCUCGGUCGGAGAAACAAGAUUGGAUCUAAUUUCCAACACAUGAUGAUGUUUGCAGGUUUGCGUGGGGCUAUGGCAUUUGCAUUGGCAAUUCGAGAUACUGCCACUUAUUCACGACAAAUGAUGUUUAGCACAACCCUUCUCAUUGUGUUUUUCACUGUGUGGGUUUUUGGUGGUGGCACCACAGCAAUGUUAUCCUGCCUGCAUAUCAGAGUGGGCGUGGAUGCUGACAUUGACCAGAUGGGGAUUCCAGAGACUGAACAGAGGAGUACAAAAGCUGAGAGUGCAUGGCUCUUUAGACUGUGGUACAACUUUGAUCACAACUAUCUAAAACCUCUCCUGACACACAGUGGCCCACCUCUCACAGCAACGCUUCCUAACUGCUGUGGACCUCUUGCAAGAUGCUUGACAAGCCCACAAGCUUAUGAGAACCAGGAGCAGUUAAAAGAUGAUGAUUCAGAUCUGAUCUUGAAUGAUGGGGACAUCAGUUUAACAUACGGAGAUUCAACCAUCAGUACGGAAGCCACAGACAAUAACUCUUUGCGAAGGGGUAUAGGGAACUGUGUGGAGGAUGCACUUGACCGGGACCUUACAUGUGGAGAACAUGAACUUGUACUUAGAGGAACACGCCUUGUCAUGGAAGAAUCCGAGCCCCCUGUGAACCUGCAAGUUACAAGGAGGCCAAGUCCUAAGUAGUUUUUUUGGGGGGGGGGGCAGGUUUUCAGGCCCUUGUUCUCCACAGCUGUGUCGAAGAUAACAAUACAUGUAUUUAUAUGAUGUUGACAUGUUGUACUACCUAUAGCAUGGCUCUGGUUGUUUGACCGCUAUUUAUGUGGAAGAACCUGUUCAGUCUUUUUAUGUCAUUUGUGGUGAACAAUUGCCCUCCCAACCCAGCCCCCUACCUCUCUGUCUUGGAACAGCAGCAUAUGAACAGACAAAUUGUGUUUUUGUUUUAUUAUUUUGAAGACAACUUGCUUGCACUUUAACAACUCCAUUGUAUAAAACAUUUGCACACAAGUGUGGCCUAUGAUUAUCACACUGCCAAAAAAAAAGACAUGAGAAUAACAUUUUGUUGCCUAAAACUUUUGCUGUAGCCUUGGGAUUGUUAACAUAUAUAUAUAUCAGCUGGCUGUGAUUUUUAGGCUAUUUAAGAGGCCUAAUCCUUUGUAUGUCCUAAAGUGCUACCUUGUAUUUUGAGGUUUGUUGUAAUAUAGUUUUUUCCUAGAGUUUUGUGCAGUAAGGGACAGAAUUCAGUCAGACUUACGAGUUUGGAGACUAUGUGACCUGUCCUGUAUUACGUCUACUUAUUUAUAAAAGGCAGCAAGAUGGAUACAUUUUUAUUGUUUCCAGCUGACAUUGUGUUUGGGAGAAAAAAAAAGGAGCCUUGCAUGCCAAAGGUAAAUGCAUGUCCUCAGGAGAUUCUUCUGCUUCAUGAAAAUAUUUUGUGGAUUUUUCACCAGUGUAAAGUGUGCCAAACUUUACUUACGGUUUGUGUACCUAUCAGUACUCAUGCAUGUGUAUUCAGUAAUGAAUUGCCAAAAGUCUAUCUAACAAUGCCUGAAGCCUUGAUCACACUGUCCCUCAUUGGCUGGGUCGGUUAAAGGGGAAAUAUACCUUUUCAAUCCACAAGAGCCGUGAAUAUCCUGUAAAUUAUAUCCUUAUAAACGGUGCUUAGUGGGGUCAUCGGUUAUAAUGAGAGCUUAGUGAGGUCAUGACUCACUGAAACUUGUGUAAUAUAAUAAAUAAAGUCAGAUCGGAGUUCCAUAAGCUGUAUAAAAACACUCGGCCUUUGGCCUCGUGAUUUUAUAUAGUCAUGGAACUCCUUGGUACUAGCCUAAUAUUUUACAAUUUAUUCACUAUAUUACGUUGUCUGUUCAUUUUUCCCUUGCAGUACAUCUUAGUUUUGAGGGUGUAGGAAAAAUGUUACAUUCACAUAAAAAAGAAGCAAAUGCUAUAUACUGACUACUUGCUAUAAAUAUUGUGAUCAUUCAUUCUGUCCAUUAACAGACUGCCCCCAGGUACUAUUUUAUUGACAUACGUCACACGGUGUAGCUAAAUCAAUGAAGGUAAAACACACCUAGACACAAAGGUCACGUCAUCAAUAUCAUAAAAUGACACAGUCGUUAAAUUAUUAUCCUUUAUAUUCAUCUAUUUCAUUUGCACCCAGUAUUGCUGUUGUAUAUCAUAAUUAUGGUUGCCACCCGGGUGGUAAUUCAGCGGCCUAGAGCAUAAAAUAAGUAUAAAAAGUAUAUAUACUUUUUAGCCCAUUUUUUUUGCCAACCCUACGGGUGUUUUUUUUUUGUUUUUGUUUUUCUGUGAAAUAUAAAUAGUAAUAUAGAAAGUUAGGUUGAAAUAAGACACACAACCAUCAAUAUGUUGUCCUUUCAUUGAUCCCUGCAGGUACAGUUAGCAAAUGAGGUUGGAUGAUAUAUGCUUCUUUGACUGAAGUUUUAUUUAUGUACAGAAAGUAAAUUCUUCAAUUUGUUAGCACUGAUUAUGGACCUGAUUGUCUUAUUGAGUAACCAAGCUGGUUGUCUGUACUCCUUUUACUGUAAAUAUGAUUGUAGGUCUGAGCCAUUCAGUUUAGCUCAUGUCCUCUGGGUGAGCUUAACUGUAUUGAUGAUGUUUUGUAAAUGAAAGUAGAGUUCCUGCAAGUUCAGUCUUUUAUUUCCUUAACUGUAAGCACUUUGAUGUCGAGUGACUAAAAAUAAAUACAUAGAACAAUAUCACAGAACGUAUUUUCUCGUAGCUUGCUUCCACAUGAAUAUAACUAUUCCAGAGUCCGUAAUGAUUACUCGGAAACUCACAAGUGGGCUUUUGCAAAAGCAUAUUGUGAGACAAGGACUACAUGUGGUGUUUUGUGUUGUUGUGGAAUUUACAGAGGCUCUAAUUUAGUGCCAAUCAAAAUGCCCGGGAGAUGUGUCAGUGUAGCAAUCUGCAACUUGUAAGCAAAACACCCCAAUGGCAUAUCCCUAUGAUCAGAGAUAGGCACCAACUGGGAUUUACUGCAUCACAUUUUAUUGCUGGUACAUAAUAUACUGAAAUACUAGUGUGGGACAGACCCUAAAAUAACCGUCUAUAAAAAAAUAAACAACAAAAAGGGCAGCUGCUGGAAGUAACUGUGUAGUUAUGGUGAAGUGGCAUAUAUGAUGAUUAUUAUUAUUAACAUGUAUUUAUAUAGUGCCAACAUAUUGCGUAGCGCUGUAUGAUGUAAGUUACUGAAUAUUGAUAGUAGCACUGUGGAUAUAAACAAAAAGGUAUGGUGUAGCCAUUUACUCAGCAAUUUAGCCUAAUCAUUCUCCCACUCCUGACUAUGUAGGCAGCUUAUUGGUUACUCCCACUGAUAUCUGUUCUGAUAGUAACACUAAUAGCAAUGGCACACAUUUUGUUGGCCACUGGAGAUUGCUUUACCCGUGGAUGAUAAAAUCUCAAAAUAGCUUUUGAUGCAGAAGAAAGGGGGCCGGUGCAUGUAAAACACUUGACGUCCUGUGGGCAACAAAGAGCUGUAUUUGCCAUUGCCCUAAUAGAGGGGAGGGAGAAGGAUCCCCAAAGAACCAGGAAAGAGAGAGACAAAACUGAUUCCCAUAAUUACCGUUUUUUUACACUAAGGGGCAGAUUUAUCAACGGUCGAAUUUCGAAAUGAAAAAAAACAUCGAAAUUCGACCAUCGAAUAGUUUAGUCCGACAUUCGAAGUCGAAGGAUUUUAAGAUCGCACGAUCGUACUUCGAAUCGUACAUUAAUUUUACAGAAAAGUCCUUCGACUUCUCAAAACUUAGCCAAAUACUGGCUAUAGGUUCUAGGAGGUCCCCAUAGGCUAACAUAGCAUAGCAAUAAUAAUUUUUUGAAUUCUCAUUUUUUGAAUAAUUGUUAACAGUAAUUCACGCCUCCGAUUCUCCACGAGGUAACAUUUAAACUUAAAGGACUGCCUUCCUUCUUUGUAUGUUUAUAACAUAGCAAUUCGUCAGGUUUAAGGUGGCGAAGUGUCGAAGUCGAAGUUUUUUAAAGAGACAGUACUUAGAAUGGUGGAAUUUGUGAAGUAUUUUCAAUUCGAGUCGAAGUCGAAUUUGGCCUAUUCGAAGUUUUUUAAUUCGAAAAUUCACUUUCACCUUUGAUAAAUCUGCCCCUAAGUAAAAUUUGGCCUCACACAUAUUAAGGAUUGACAAUGUGCAUACAAAUCUGGCCGAAAUCUCUUGCUUAUUUAGCAGAGAUAUAGAGAGUACCACGUUUAAUCACUGUCUGUAGUGUUUGCAUCAAUCCCAUUCAUUUAACACUUAGAGGCACAUCUAUCAAGGGUCAAAUUCAUGUCAGUUUUUUUUAAACUCCCAAAAAUUCGAAAUUUGACAAGUCGAAAUUUAUUAAAAUCAAAUUUUUCAAACUCUGAUGAAUUGAAACGACCCGAAAACUUGAAACGAAUUUGAGUUGAAUUUUAUCAAACUCAAUUCAAGUUUUUUUCUCGAAUAUCAGGAAGGCUGCAAACAUCUCCAAAUUGAUCCCUGGACCUCUCCCAAUGGCAGGUUUUAGGUGGCGAAUAGUCGAAUUUGAAUUCUUAAAGGACCAGAGUAUGAUAAAUCUCGAACAUAUAAUUAAUUAGAUAUUUUUAAAAAAAACAAAAAAAAAACUCUAAUCGAGUUUGGAUAACUCCCUACUUGAAUUUGACAGUUUUGACCAUAAAAAUAAUUCGAAAAUUAGAAUUCAAGUUUUCAGUUCGAACCUUGAUAAAUCUACCUCAUUAUAUGUGUUUGGUUACAAAAAAAAAAUAUAUUCUUCUUUAUAGGGUUCCUUUAUAUUUCACAGUGUGUCUUCUACCCUUUACCUCAUUACCCUUGUGACUCCACUGACAAAUUUUGCUGUAUCAUGUUAUCAUUCAUAAUCUACAAAUCUCUCCUCCUUAAAUAACCCUCAAAGCUCUCUGAUCUAGUUGGAAUUGGGGCAGAUGUCUUGUUCAUUAGUGAAAUAGAGAUAACAGGGGUUCAGCAGUAACAUGGUGUACAGUAGUGAUUUCCUGGCCUCAAGGCCAGUUAGGGUGUGUUACCGGUAGUGAUGCACUGAGUCCACUAUUUUGGAUUUGGCCGAAUACCGAACUGAAUCCUAAUUUGCAUUUGCAAAUUAGAAAUGUUUUGCUUCCUUGUUUUGGGACUAAAAGUCACAUGGUUUCCCGUCCUGCCCAUAAUUUGCAUAGGCAAAUUCAGUUUCGGUUCGGCCAGGUAAAAGGAUUCAAAAUCCAAAUCCUGCUGAAAAAGGCCGAAUCCCGAACUUAAUCCUGGAUUUGGUGCAUCCCUAGUUCCUGGGUUAAAUUGUUUGCUGAGCUAGAUAUUCUUUGAACUUUGACUGAUUUGUGUGCCAAUUUUAUCCACUGGUAUACACAUUUCCUGCUUGCCACUAGCAGCCAAUCAGUAGUUAACUGGCAUCCCCCCCCCUUUCUUCUUUUUUAACCUUUCCUUGCCUUCCCAAACUUAUUCUAGGUGUGUGUCACUGGGAUGAAAUCUGCCUUUGGUUAUUGGACUAAAAUGGCGACAGGUUUGUCUGUUGUUGGGACUUGUGAUCAUACUAGAAAACCAAGUUCAUACAUUUAGUUGAACUGACGAUGUAACUAUCUUCUCCAAGAAUGACUUCCAUCUGUGAUGCAACCGCUUAUUCUCCUGUUUGUAGCUUUUUCCUACUAUGCAGGAAUUCCAUAAAACUGUGUUUGUAUUGUCAUAAAUCAUCAUUGUAACCCUUUGUGGCGCACAGGCUCACCAAAAGUGAUAUUAAUGGAUCAAACGCUGUUGUUGUUUGUGUUAUAUCUUGUAUAUUCCUGAUCUGGUUUACAACAUUUUAAUUUAUAACAAUUUUUGAGAAUGUAUAAAAUGUUGCCUUUGGUGUAUUGUGUACAGUGAGUUAAGUAAAGCAAGCGAUCACAUUCAAAUUUGGCUUUUUUUUAAAUAAAUAAAUAAACCUUGUGCUUUUUAAGGAAAUGCUUGUUGUCUACAUUGAUGUUUGAGCUUUGUGUUUCCCAAUGAAUGUGUCGGCAUUACUGUUAGCCAGCAAUACAGAAAAGCUGUACAUUAAAGGAGGUAUCAAUUCA